AUCUCCAAAGUUCAACGGUUUUGGAGAGAUCUUCAAGACUUUUGUUAUAUCAACGUGUACUUGGCCAUGCGGAUUUCUUACAAUGGGAAUCGGGACUUUGCGAUAUUAAUGUAUAAUACAUUUGAGCUAAUCAACUUCUCGUGACUUUUUACACAGUGCAUAAUAUAUAUAAUAGACAAAAGUCUCGAUUGCUUGGCAAUACUUACAAUGUAUUAGAAUGUUGUCUACUAUAAUAUCGGCUACGCCAUUCAGUGUUCGAGAUAUUCUUAGCGCUGAGCAAGAAAUUCCCGGUAUGGAUUGUUAUCAAACCCAUCAGCACACAGACAUUCAAACUGAAAUUAACAAUCAAAUGCAACCGGACUAUUACGGAUAUAAUGUAAUACAAGAAAGUACUUGGGAUUUGGAUAAAUUGAAAGAACAAAGUGUUAACAAUUAUCAAGGAUACGGUGAGAUGAACCAUGUCCAUCAACUCAGCCAAGUCGUUCCGCCGUAUCAGGAGAAUUCAGUAGUCGAAGAUGGUAAUGUGGUGACUUCGAGUAAAACGGAGCUGCGUAAAAGUCAGUCGGGCAAAAGGAUGAAACGAAAACCUCGAGUUCUUUUUUCUCAAACGCAAGUCUACGAGUUGGAGCAAAGAUUCAAGCAGCAAAGGUAUCUAAGCGCUCCGGAACGCGAAAUGUUGGCGCAAUCGCUAAAAUUGACAAGUACGCAGGUGAAAAUUUGGUUUCAAAAUCGACGAUAUAAGAAUAAACGCGCACGCAUGGAGGACGCAGAAAAGAUACAGUCCCAAAAUCUCAAAAAUCAAUCUCUCAGGAAGAUACCCGUGCCUGUGAUUAUUAAAGACGGCAAACCCAAUGUCCAAGACACGUAUAAUCCACCCUACUGGCCGACAUUCCGAUCGGAAGCCCAAAUCAACCCAUCGGUGGAUUUCCCGCGCAAUGACAUUCGACACACCGACUUCAGGCCAAACGAGCAAAUUCAAAGUUCUGAAUUUAUCAGAACGGACCUGAAUCAGCCGGACCACGUCAACCGAGGGAAUCCGGGCCUCGAUCAACGAACGAUUAUCCCGACGGAGUACCGUAGCGCGAACCACAGUGACGAAAGAUCGUUAAAAAUCGAGUACAAGUCUCAUUUCACGAGCGAGAUCAUGCCCUUCCCCGAUAUGCGUAAUGUAGUGUCGGAAAUAAAAACCUCGGAUAACAAGAAUUGUAUAGAGUCCACGAUGGAUUUUGGCAACUUUGGCAGCUACGCAAAUCCCUCGAAUUACCAAAUGUCCUAUUACAAUUUCAUGGAUCAGAAUACGAUGGAUCAGAAUCUACAAAGAUUAUGGUGAAUGAAAUUUAACAGAUCAUUAAAUAAUAGAGCACCUACUAUAUGCAUUUUAUACCUAAAUAAACUAUACUGAGUAUUAAACGUUUAUGAAGUUUGUAUUAUGCUUACGGCAAAUAUAAAGACGUCGUUGUACUAAGAGUAAUUAAGUGUCUUCGAAAACAAAAAUUUUUGAUAAAUAAAUU